AUGAGAAGGAAAGGAAAAGCGAAAAAAAGGAAAAAGAAACGUUCAGAUGAGCCAAUGAAUGAUGAUCUCGAUAUAGAUAAAAUGGGUCGAUAUUGGUCGGAAACGAAAAAGAAACGUCGACCAUUCAGGCAAAAAGAUUCCGGAACUGAAAACAAUAACGAGGAUAGCAUUGGAUUAGGAGAACAAGCAAUGAAUCUUUCAUCACCUAGAGGUGAAUCGCCAUCGCAACCAUCUUCGCCGGCACACAUAGAUACUAAAACAGCGCUACGUGCACCGUCAAUGAUAAUCAGUUAUUGUGAGUCACUUCGUGCAAAAAAAAAAAGAAUUAGGUUCCAGUAG